AUGACGAGAGCGCUCGGCCGUACUCCCAUCACGCCGAGCUUCUUUGCCCUCCUUGCAGCUGACAUACAGGUGCGCAAGCUCAUGGGUCCGACCAAGUGGACGGCAGUGAUUGCGCUCUCGGUGCUGGCACUGCAGAUCUCGCUCGCGCUCUACCUGCGCCGCUUCCCGACGCUGUCGUGGCAAACCCUUCUCACUGCAUACGUCGUCGGCGGAACGGCGAACCAGAACACCUUCCUCGCGAUCCACGAGAUCACGCACAACCUCGCCUUCAAGAGCAUCAAGCUGAACAAGGCGCUGGCGAUCGUCGUCAACUGCGCGAUCGCAGUCCCCUACGCCAUGGCGUUCAAGGGGUACCACAUCGAGCACCACAAGUUCCUCGGCGAGGACGGCAUCGACACGGACCUGCCGUCGCGCCUGGAAGCCGUGAUCCUCAACAAUGUGGCGGGCAAGACGUUCUUUGCCACGUUCCAGCUGCUGUUCUACGCGCUCCGACCAGGCUUCAUCCGUUCCCAACGCCCGACAUACUGGCACUUCAUCAACCUCGUCACGGUACUGUCCUUUGACGCGCUGCUCGUCAAGUUCUUCGGCUGGCGGCCGGUAUUCUAUCUCCUUCUCUCGAGCUUCUUCGCCGGGAGCCUGCACCCGUGUGCGGCGCACUUCAUCGCAGAGCACUACCUCCUCUCCCGCCCCGACCCGGACAGCGUGCAGCACCUCGCCCUCGAGACGACGUCGUACUACGGCCCCCUCAAUGUCCUCACGUACAACGUCGGGUAUCACAACGAGCACCACGACUUCCCCUCCGUUCCGUGGACGCGUCUGCCUGCUCUGCGCGCCAUGGCGCCAGAGUUCUACGACACGCUCCCGUACCACACGUCAUGGCCGCUUGUUACUUGGAAGUUUAUCACGGACCCCAAGGUCGGCAUGUGGUCUCGUGCCAAGAGGGAGGGGCGAGGCGAGAGGAUCGAUGAGCACGUCUGGCAUGGGCUCUACGAGAAAAAGGGCGAGGAGACCGAGGACCCCUUCGUCGAGGAGGAGGAGAUGAGGAGGGAGAUGGCCGAGGCGGUCGAGAUUGGGUACGCUAGUGAUUGCGAGUAA